AACAUAGUAUUUCUACCUACGCAGACACAGGUCUCGGCAGAAAUUUACAUGUUUAUUUUGAAUAUAGUAGUACGUCCAACAGGACAUUCAACUAAUCUUUGUCAUACAAACUCCUAUCUCGUUUAUCCGGUUUUCCGUAGAAGCGGUGUAAAACACGACAUGCCUUCUGUACAUCAUUUUGUUCCUCAGUGUCCAGCAAAAUGUUGGCAUUGAGAACAUUAAACCAGCGCAGGUUGAUGGUUUACUUUUUUUAUUUGCUUAUCAUAUGCAUACUUUUUUAUAUAUUCAUAUAUUUGGGAUCAUAUUAUGUGUACUCCAGAGACAAAAUAUUACCUGCUGUGCCAGUAACAACGGAUUUAAGCAAAGAUAUAAGGAAGAGAGAAUCAGCUGCAGACAAUGAGACACAGGAGACAGAGGAUGAAGAUGAUGAACUGGCAGACAAAACAUAUCAGGGUCGGGUGAACAUGCAUGUUUUUGAAGAUUGUUGUGGUGGAUCUCUUGACCAACUAAGGAACAACCUUCUCUAUCCUUUGUUCCCCAAUGUGCGAACUUCAGUGAGCAGACUUGCUGUGUCACCUCAAGGAAACAGUUAUGGGUUGAGAAUCUUUGGCUUCCUUCAUCCUGCAGAAACCAAUGAAUAUAUUUUUGCUGUUGCCUCUGAUGAUAACUCAGAGUUCUGGCUCAGUUUAAACAAAAGUCCAAAAAAACUUCAACUCCUUGCUUAUGUUGGUGAGACAGGAAAUGAAUGGACUGCUCCUGGCGAGUAUUGGAAAUUUGCAACCCAAAUAUCCAAACCUGUUUUGUUAGUGAAGGACAGGAAAUAUUUUUUUGAAGUUCUUUUAAAACAGAAUACAGGAAUGGAUCAUCUGGAAAUAGCGUGGAGUUUAAACCAAGGCAAUAGCACUUUUUCUGUGAUAACCUCAGAGUAUUUAUCAUUAUAUAAAGAUGAAUCUUCUCUACUAAUGGGAGAUAUUGAGCAUGUACCUCAAACGAAAGCAAGCUAUGAUAGGUUUCUUGAGCCAAAUCCCUUGUCACUUCAUCAAAGAGAAAUAAUCAGAGAAGACCCAAGAGAUCACAUCUACAAAUACAAAAUGCUAGAAGAAUCAUUCCUGAAGGACUUGUUUCCUGAAUGUGAUUACAAACCAAGCUAUGUACUCAAAGAACACAUUGGUAGAUAUCAAGGUGUAUAUUUAGUUCAGUUUUCUUCAGUCUAUCCAAAUGACUACACACGGCAAACUAAUGAUCAAAAUGAUGGAAUGUGCUUCUACAGACAAGAUCCGUCAUUUCUGGCAGAUAAAGGACUUGAGGGUUAUCUGACUGAGGUUGAAGACCCUGAUGUACAAAAUACAUAUAAAGGUGAAGGUCCUUUCUGGCACCGCGUCUAUGAUGUGAAUCCCCUCAAUGCUGCUUCCAAGCAAACUACCAUAGUGGCAAAUUCCUGCAGAACCUCUGGAAACAUUGUGAUGUCCGAAAGCCAAGCACUGCCCAUUGUUACAGCCUUUCUUAAAGCACUGCAUUCAAGAGAAGACACACAAGGCUACUCCCUGUUGCGUGUGGUGAAUGUUGUGAAGCGUGAAGACAAGGACUUGGGCAGCCGUUAUCUGGUGGAACUGGAACUUGUGGACCCACAGGGUCAAACUGUCCUUGUUUCACGUUACAUUUAUGCACAAGAUGAAAAUUCGUCAAAACCAGCACUUCUCUGCAGUCCAAAAGCUUUCAACUGGAAUCCAUCUGCUACUGUUCACAUAAUUGUUGCAGUGAAAGAUCAAGCCAGAUGGAUCAUACAGUUUAUUCGGGAAAUGGAAAAAAUAUACCAAGCAACUGGGGACAAAAACUUUAAUGUAAUAAUUGUAGAUUACAACAGCUCUGACAUAAAUAUUGAGAAACGACUAGAAAUGGCUAAAUUACCCAGUUACAAACUGAAGAAGAUGGGGGGUAAUUUUGAGAGAUCAGGUGGACUUCAGGCUGGAAUAGACCUUGUUGAAGAUGAGCACAGUAUUUUGUUUCUGUGUGACCUGCAUCUCUACUACCCAGUGACAAUAAUAAACAGUAUUCGAAAACACUGCGUUGAGGGAAAGAUGGUGUAUGCCCCUGUUGUGAUGAGAUUGGAUUGUGGUGCUUCUCCAAGAACCCCAAAUGGUUUUUGGGAAAUUGCUGGUUAUGGACUGAUGGGAAUCUACAAGUCCGACAUGGACCGAAUUGGUGGCAUGAACACCGUAGAAUUCAAGGACAAAUGGGGAGGUGAAGACUGGGAGUUACUAGACCGAGUCUUAGGGAAUGGGUUAGAGGUAGAGCGACUCCAUCUGAAAAACUUUUUCCAUCAUUUCCACUCCAAACGUGGAAUGUGGGUAAACAGCAAUUCAGAAAAAAAGGAAAAAUAAUGAUUAGAUGUUUCUGUUUCCUCUCCUAUAUCAUAACAACCUACUAUGAGCGACCAAAACUAUAUAAACUUUGCUUUCCACAAAAAAUAAAAUUUUUGCACUAUGGAAAACUAUUUAUAAACAAGCAAAAAAAAGUUGCCCCAUUCAGAUAGUAGUGAAUUAUUUUGGGGACAUUUUUAAACUAAAAAUCUCCAUAGCUCCUUAGUGAUUAAACAUACUAUUAGAUGAAGAUAAACUCGCUGUGGAUGAUUGAAUGAUUAUUCGCACACUCAGUCAUGUUAUCAUAUUUAUGCCUGUGAACCUUAAAUCUAAGUUUCGCUUUAUUCCUGAUCAAAAUUAUUCUAGAUUCACACAAAGAGCAUUGGAGUCAGCACAUGCGAGACUGUUGUAGUAUCAAAAGCCAGUUGAAGAGGACCACAAAGCAGAAAACAACUAGUCAAUGAUUAACCGUAUGGACUACAGUAAUUUCUAAAAAAUUAAGUAAAAUCUUAAUUUUAAUGUAUUUUUGUUGGUCAGUUAUAAGCAAAAUUUACAAGAUUUUAGGUGAAGUUCAAAGCAAGGUCCGUUUAUAGGCUUCAGUGCCAAAACACAAACUGGCCUGUUUAAUAAAUUAUUAAUAUAAAUAAAAUUACAGCGAAAUAUUCACAGUUUCAGAGUAGCCUAUAUUAGGCUGAAUAAUUUUCUGUAAAUGACAAUCCUCCUGUCAGUUUCACUUUUAUUAAUUUAAUCAACUACUUUGACCACAAUGAGCCAGGCUUUACAAACUGUUCACAGCACUAAAAGUAUUCCCCUCUGAAGAAUAAACUCAGUCAGAAGGAUGUAAAAACAGAAACUCGUUGUGAGAAUAAUUUUACAUGAGCGGCAUACAUUGCAUCUGCACAACUAGUGCAUGAAUGAAGUGCUUGAAUGCUGAUUUAUACUCCACUGACUGUGCGCGUACCUCAAGAAAAUUUUAUCACAAGGCUUUUGUACUUGAUGCCUUUACCAUUGUUAUAUUCUUUAAAACGACAGUGGGCAGUCAAAGGAAACUAACUGUAAAACAACUAUUUUCACUAGUUAUUUUUAUUAAUAAUUUUAAUUAUUAUAAAGAAUUUUAUAACUAAGAUUUUUUUAAAUCAAAUUGUGAUGAGUCACUUGCUUUUUUUUAGAUCUCAGACAGUUCUACCUUUUAUAGUUUAUUAAAAUAUUAAUAACAACAGAACAUGGGUUGCUCUACAAAUAAAAGCAAAUAAAAAGGUACACUUACUAAAAAUAAUGGUCUAACACAGCUGAUAAUUAUCACCAAUAAAGCCUAGAAAAAUAGGGCAUCAGUAUAUUGUAAACCGAUAGGAUCAAAUAUUCUUUUCCAGUUAUCAAAGAUAUAAUGUGUUGAUUCAUUUUUAGUUUUGUAAUUAUUAAAUUGUUUUUUCAUUCAAAAUUGUAAUAUAUAUAUACAUUAGUGUAAAACCUAUGAAUGGUGGAAAAACAUAUUCAGUAAUUGUUUAUUACAACCACAUGGUUCUUCACUUUUGCCAUGGCUUCUCUUUUUGGUUUCAACAAACUUAUGCCUCAAGUUUUUCUAAAUUUUUUAACAAAAAAAAUGUCCUCCUUUUCCACUGCUGUUGCAAUCUGAAGCCGAGAAUUAUUUGCCAUUUUGGUUAAACAUAAGAUCACUCAUGGCCCGAUCAUAAUAAUGUCUGAAUAGGCAUACCUGUUUCAGGCAAAAUUUCUUCAAAAGUGAUUAAUAUUCAACUCAAAUUGACUGUUUGUUUUAGUUUUUUUUAAAUAAUGUGCGCUCCGCCAGCCAAAAUCAUGCAACAUGUACCCAAAGUGAACCUCCAAAAACACUGCAAUUAUGUUCCAGUUACUGUGAACGCAUCGAGUGUAAAUCAGUCUUAAUGCAUAACUAAGACACAGCUCGCAGCUCGUAUCUACAGACACUUCCAAAACUUAGCAGCACAAAGGGAGGAAAUCAGUGCAUUGAGGGUCUAUCCAAUGUAUUAUUGAGCCUUUUUCCCUCUCUACUCCAGUGUUGCAAAUGUGAUCUGCUGAUCUAAUAUGCACAAUGCAAAAUGAUUUAAAAACAGCACUGAAUCUUUUUGCAGGUCAAAAUAAACCCAUUAAAUGUAAACCUAAAUGCAUUAAUCAGCUGAUUAUUUAAACUAAUAUGAACAAAUAGUCUAGGAGAAAGUUUUUCGGGCUGUCAUAAAGGAAUGCAACAAGCAGUUUGAAAUGUGAACGAAUGAAGAAUGAUUAACAGGCGCAGCAGGGAAGCACUGAACAACUUUCUAGUGCCUUAUAGGCUACCUUUAUUGCUUUUGUAGGCUUUAAAGUACACAGAAUAUAGCACAAGAUCGGAUUUGGAUCGGUACCAGCUGGCCAAUAUCAGAUCCAGCAAAAAUCAUGCUAAUAACAUGCAAAUUCACACUAGAAUUAUGCUAGCAACAUGCCAAUUCAUAUUAGAAACAUGCUAGUAACAUGUUAAUUUAUACUAGAAUCAUGUUUACAUGUUGUUUCAUGCUAGAAUCAAGCUAGCAAUCUAUCUAUCUAUCUAUCUAUCUAUCUAUCUAUCUAUCUAUCUAUCUAUCUAUCUAUCUAUCUAUCUAUCUAUCUAUCAUACUUUUCAAACUUUUUGAAACUAUUUUGCAUUAAUUGAACAAUUCCAACAGGCUUUCUCAAGCCACCAUAAAGGUUGCCUUCAAAGAUCUUCAAGCAUCUCUUAAAGAUAUUUUACAUGCUGUAUUUGUGUAUGUAAACUAGCAAUUGUGUUAAUAAAUAUUUUGUUA